CGGCAGAGCACCUCGCUAGGCUUCAUUAGAGGCCGCUACCGCAUUGCGUGCGCAUAGGACUCGCGAGUGAGUUCAGACCGAACCUAUCUACCACCCGCGGACCGCAGCGCUGCUCGCCCGCGCACGCCGCCGCCGAACUGGGCGCGAAACUCAGCACAGCAGUAAAAGGUCGACAGCGCCCGCGGGCCGCGCGCACACAUUAGCCAUGGCCGAGGUCGACGACGCGACGGUCGCCGCGCGCACGAAGGAGAUACUCGAGACCGACGAGGCCAUUAAGACGCAGUACGGCGACGGCUCGCUCACCGUGAAGACGCUGCGGAAGGCCGUCGCCGCGGCGUUAGGUGCCGAGGAGUCGGCCAUCAAAAAAGUAGUGAAAAGUACAUUACUCGCCUACAUGGACGAGCAGGAGCCCCAGGAGGAAGAAGACGAGCCCGCCGCCGAAGAGGAAGAGGCUCCUGAAGCACCGAAGAAGGAGAAGAAGAAGAAGGCCAAGCGCACGGACCGAUUAACAGAUAAAGCGGCAUUAGACGCCAAGCUCAAGGAGGACAACUGGCAGAUUACCGAAAAGCCUAGACCCACCAAGGAGGGCGGCGCCAAGCCCUCGCGACAUGUGGACAAGUACUACAAGAAGCCCGGCGAGUCGAAGCAGUACCGAUCGUUGCUGGAAAUCGCGCGCGCCCACUACCCGGAAUUUUUGACCGGCGAGCCGCCGGCCAAGAAGGAAAAACCGCAAAAGGAAAAAAAAGAAAGGGCGCCCCGCUCAUCAUCAUCGGCAAAGCCCGAGAAGAAGCUUGAAUUAGGCAAGAUCACGAAGGCCGGCAAAGGCGCGGCCUCGAAGGCGCCGCCCAAGCGCAAGGAACGGCCGCCCACGCCGCCUCCGGCCAAGAAGCCGAAGCCGCCGCCCCCAGAACAGGUCGUCAAUUCGGCCUGGGCCUCGGUCCCCGAGCGCGUGAUCGCGGCGGAUAAGGUCCUGCCGAAAUUAGUAAAUGAGAAGAACUGGGACGAGAUCAAGAAGAUGCUGAAGAUGCUCGGGCGCAUGGACGUCGACGUGACGGCGCUGACGUCGUGCGGCAUCGGGCGGACGGUCAACAAACUGAAGAAGGCGGAGUCUGAUGACGUGCAGACUUUAGCUAAAGCGUUGGUGAAGAAGUGGAAGGACCUCGUGGCGGCGCAGGAGCCGUUUUUUACCGGUGUCCUGGUCGUCGACGGCGUGUACUGAGCCCGCUCCCCACCGCAGGGCCGACGCGCCGGCGGCUGAAGCGCCCGCGCCGGCCGCGGAGGCCGCGCCGGCGGCGGAAGCGGCGGCGGCCGCUGUUACGGCCGAGGUGACCGAAGCCGCCGCCGCAGAUGUCGCGUCGGAGACCGCCGCCUCCGAGGCGGCUGCAGCGGUGGUCGCCGAGGCUUCCGCUGAGGUCGCCGCCGAGGUCGCGGCGGCCGAGGCGCCCGCGACCGCGCCGGCGGACAACGGCGCGAGCGCGGCGCCGAUGGAUGUGGACGCGGGCGCGGCGCCGCCGGCGCCCGCACCAGCGGACGCGGCCGCCCCAUGAUAGUAAGGCGCCUCCUACGUCCGUCUGCUUGUCGUUACUCUGACCCGGACCGGUCCCACCGGGGCGCCCGUCCGCGGUCUCACAGGUGUACUAUCCCCCUUGUUUCGAUUUUGAUGGGGCGGCAGCUGCGUGUUGGCGGGCAGAUUUUCUCUCGCGUCCCGUCUCCUCUCGGCGGGACCUCGCCACAGCGGAGGAAGAGACGCGCGGCGACAACGGACAACGGACGGAGAAACUCCGGAUAUCUAUACUUAUUACACGUGUCACCGCCG